AUGAAGAAGCUGCUUGAAGCAACUGGAAUGUCUGAAAACGAUCGUGAAGAUGUGCUGGAGAUGAUUAUGGAAACUACUGGAGCUCGCCAAAUAAUUGACGACGUUAUGAAGACAUUGUCAAGUACAGAACUUUUCGGCAUGCAAGGCGAACUCAAGGAAGUAACGGAACGAAUGACGAACAUGUUCAAAAAACUUGAGAAAACUUUCGAUCGAAGGCAGAAGAAGGAUAUGAAGAGACGAGGAUUCACGUUUUUGGAGACCAAUCAGAUUGAGGAGCUUCAUGGCAAUAAA